AUGCAGCUCCAGAAGAAAGUUGAGGAGCUCAAAGAAGAGGAAGAAGUAAAAGUGGAAAGCUAUAAAAAUGUUCUGAAAGACAAACAGCAGCUGGAGGGACCUAAAAAUGAAGUAUUGAACUACAUGAAAGCUGAAAAUGAGAUUGCAAAAUUAAGAAAUGAGCUGAUGCAAAAGUACAUAAAAGAUAACCAAGAGUUAAUUGAUAAAAAAGAACAAGAGAAGUCUGAACUUCAGAGAAUGUUAGGAGAGAAACUGUCAGAAGUAGAAAUCAUUCAAAAAGAAAAAAAGAAAUUACUUGAAAAUAUUCAUGAAUUAAAUCAAGAGAGAGAUCAACAGGUAAUGAAGAAAGACAAGUUGAACCAAAAGUCUGGAAGUUAUAAUAAUGAAGGUGCUGGCCUGAAAACAGGGGCUGAAGCAGCUGCAGAGAAGCAGGCAAGACUGAAUGAAUUGCUGCAAGAUGAGAAAAAACAGCUAUCAGAUUAUGAAGAGCUGUAUGAGAAAUAUCAAGGGCAGUUGAUGAAAUUUAAGGAUGAAGAAAUUCAGAUUAAUAGUGACUGUAUUCAACUUGAUGCCCAACUGAAGGAAGCUCUGGAACACAUUCAGGAAGAUAUUGCUAACCUAUGUGAGGAAAAGGAUUCUCUCCAGUACAAGCUCACUAAAAUUCAGGAAGUUGUUGAUGGAAAGAAAUCACAGUAUGAAGUAGCAAAAUCUGAGUUAGAAGUAUAUGUUCUUCCUGAAAGGACAGAAAAAGAGAAGUUGAAGCUUUUGAUUCAGAAUCUCGAGAAAAUGACUGAACGUCUCUUAAAAACAAAGGAGCCUGAGAAUGCACCACGGUUAAUUGACUUAAUCAAAUUAGCAGAUGAGAGAGUUCGUGUGGCAUUUUACUUUGCUCUACGUAACACACUUGUUGCAAAUGAUGUAGCCCAAGCAACAAGAGUUGCUUUUUCUGGAGGAAGUCGUUACAGAGUAGUUAAUUUACAAGGACACAUCAUUGAAGCUACAGGUGAAAUGACAGGUGGUGGCCAUACUGUGAAAAAAGGUCUAAUGAGUCAAAAAGUACCUGAAGCUCCAGUUACUCAGAAAACUUUGGAGGACCUUGGAAAAAGUAUGCAAGAAUGCCAAAAAAAACUUGAAGAGUUUACUAAGAAAAUUAAUGAGAUUGACAAAAAAAUGUGUUUCCUUACACCAGAGAUAAAUAAUAUGAAAACCAAAACACAAAAGUUGGAAACUGAAAUUAUGUUUCUUGCCACUUACGACAAUUAUUUUCAGACACUUCAGAGAGAACACCCAAAACUUGAGCAUGAAGUAAAGAAUCAGGAAAAGAGAGUGUUAGAAGUUACAAUUGAUCCAGAAAAAUUUGCAGCUCUCACAUUGGUCUUGGAAAAAGCCAAAAAAGAUUAUGAUGAUGCAAUGCAAAAGGCCCAGGAAGUGAGUUCAGAGGUGAACUGCUUAAGUAAUGAAAUAGAGGAUAAGAUUAACAAUAGAGUUGGCUUAAUUAAGAAAAAUAUAGAAAAAAACAAAAAGAAACUAUCAAGCAAGUGCUAUGAAAUAACAAAAACAAAAGCUGAUAUUAAAAGAGCUGAAAGGAAUAUUAUGAAGAGUAACAAGAAAAUAGAAGAAAUUAACGAAGAAAUAGUACACUUAGAAAAUGUGAUAAAUGUGUAUAAGAACCGGAAUAGUUACCUCCUGAACCUUGUAAAGGAUAUAAAUAUUGAGCUGAACAAAGUAACAGAAUCAAUAACAGACCUGGAGAAAAAUAUUACUUCUAUGCAAAAUGAGGUUAAAAGUGCUGAACAAAUUGAAUUCCAAAAAAGAGCUGAAGUACAGGAACUUGAGGCUUCUGUUGAUGCUAAGGAGAGAACAAUUAAGGCAUACAAAGCAAAGAAUCCCAGUAUAAUUCAAAAAAUGAAAUCUUUGAAAAUUCACAAAAUCCCUGGUGAAGAUGUUGACACACAGUUGCAAAUUUUAACAAGUGAGCAGAUUGAUAGACUUGAUGUGAAAAACCUCCAAUACACUCUAGCUGUACUGGAGGAGAAAGUGUCAAUGCAAAAGCCUAAUUUUGCAGCACUAGAAGAAUAUACAGUUAAGGAAAAGUUGUUGUUGGAACAAUAUGCAGCUCUUGAAAAACUGAAAAACCUACAGGGAAAGACAAAUCUUCUCUAUGAUGAAGCUCGAAAACAACGCUUUCUAGAAUUUGUAACAGGUUAUAGAAUCAUAGCCAAAGUACUGAAAGAAAUAUACCAAAUAAUUACAUUUGGUGGAGAUGCUGAAAUUGAAAUGUUAGAUAAACUUGAUCCAUUCAAUGAAGGAAUAAUUUUCAGUGUGCGCCCUCCUGGAAAGGCAUGGAAGAACAUAGAACAUCUGUCAGGUGGUGAAAAGUCAUUGUCGUCUCUUGCACUGAUUUUUGCUUUGCAUUUUUACAAACCUUCUCCGUUGUUUUUUAUGGAUGAAAUUGAUGCAGCACUGGAUUUUAAUAAUGUUGCUGUUGUAGGUAAUUAUAUUAAGAACCGUUGCAAGAAUGCACAAUUCAUUGUCAUCUCCUUAAGAUCCAAUAUGUUUGAACUUGCUGAUCGUACUGUCGGAAUUUUUAAAGUACAUGACUGCACAGAAAGCAUGACAAUUAACCCAAAAACAUAUGCCAAAGUCUCUCCAGAACAACAAAAAUUACUGGAAAGUGAUCUCGAGUAUGAAAUACUAGAGGACAUACAGGAUGAAAUUAGUGAUGAUAAUUUGCUUCCAUUACCAAACAACAAGGACACAAUGAGAAGGAGGGGGAAGAGAAGGAUUAAAAUAAAGGAAAUUGGGGAACAUGGAUCAGCAUAUUCACUCAUGAAUAUACUUCAAUCUGCUUUUACAGCAAUGAUGGGAAAUGUUGAAACUAGUUCACCCAUAGUUGAAACCAGAGAAGAGAUUGAAGAACGCAUUAGAAGGAAGAGACUAAUUUAUGACCAUCUGGAUCAAAAGAAAUAUGCUGAUCUGAUGAAAGAAUUUGUGGUUAAGAAAGAUGGGCCAGCUGGGGAGAAAGGAUCUAUCAGUGAAACUGACAAGAAAUUUGAUAAUGACUUGGCAGAUACUAAGAAAGAUUUUCAAACUGAAGCAGACACUGCCUCUCCUGAGAACUAG